GCUGUGCCUUCGUCAAGUUCUCCUCCCACACGGAGGCCCAGGCGGCCAUCCACGCCCUGCAUGGCAGCCAGACCAUGCCGGGAGCCUCCUCCAGCCUGGUGGUCAAGUUUGCCGACACGGACAAGGAGCGGACGCUACGGCGCAUGCAGCAGAUGGUGGGCCAGCUGGGCAUCCUGACUCCGUCCCUCACCCUGCCCUUCAGCCCGUACAGUGCCUACGCCCAGGCUGUGAGUGGCCCCCGCACACAGGCUUCUGUCUCCAGCAGGGCUCCCGAGGCCACUUGGGGAUCUGGCUCAGUCUCUCUGUCCACUGAGUCCCUGCUGAGGACUUCUGCCUCUUUGCCCAUUUUCCUGCCUCUGGCUUGAUCUGUAUGACUCGGAGCCCUCUCCUGGCUGUGGCUGAGCCCCCACAUCCAGGCAGAUUUCUGGGCCCCAGCUGAGCCCCUAACUACGAACUGAGCCUGGAGCCAGGCUGAA